AGAAAAGGAAGAGAAGUCGUGAUUGUGAGAGACAACGAAAAGAGGGCGCGUUCUUAGUAAAAUCAUGAGGCGCUCGUAAAAGAAAUGGAAAAUUAUACUAUAGAAUAAAAGAUCAUCAUCUUGUUCGCAGAAAACAACACCUUAAAGAUUUGACCUUCAUCAAUCAGAAAAUAAGAAAGAAUGGUCGACACUCGACGACGAAACGGAGAGCCAGAAGCCGAGCCGACUCCUGUGGCAGCGACAACCGGCUCCCUUCAUCAAACUCUGUUACCUUUAUCCGUCAUCUCCGAACUCUCCUCACUCACACCUUUGAUGCGCGAAUUAUCGAAGCAUCAGCGUGAAGGCAUCAAAGCGGUGGAUAAACUGCGAUCUGACGUUGGCAGUUUGCAGGGUUCGAUCGACCACUUAGCUGACACAGUUACGACUGCGCAUUUACGGGAGUCCGAAAGAUGUAAGGCACGGUUUACGAAUGGGAGUGACGAGGUUUUGUGGGUCUAUAGCUAUAACAGAUCAUCAGCUUCGAGUUCAUCAUCUUCGAGUGGAGCAAAGCUGUCACCAUCUUCGAACGAACCAUACACGAAACAGCGACUAGAACCAGGCCAAACUGAAGAGAUGGCUGCUCUAGAUGGGCAGACAAGAGUUUGUGACACUUUUCGCAUUUGGGUCAAGAACGACAAGAAUGUCUUGGUGAGGAACACGCUGUGGCAAGAGAAUUUGAGGAAUGAUGGGGACUACACAUUAAGAAAAGAAGACUGGAAACGGGUGGGGGCAGUGAGGAGACGAUAGCUUAGGAGGAUUGGGCUUGUAUGUGCUAUUUUUGAAAUUCGAAGAAAUAUGAUCUGCAAAUAAUGCUCGUCCAUUUUUCAACGUGGUGGAGGCUCAGGCUCUUGAUGAAGCUCGUCAGUGUAUUUUAAGAGAACAAGCAAAAUGAGGAAAGACAAUGCACGACAU